AUGUUCUCAUCUGAGCAAGCAACAAUCUGUACAGCAAUUUGUAUUUCCCCUAAGCCGGAACAACAUCAUGCAUUUUAUCAAGGAACGAUAACAUCCUCGAAAGAAGCUGGCUGGAAAUUCACUCUCAGCAGUUUAACUUCAUCUUGUAUGAACUCUAAUGCCGAUUUGUCCCUAAUCUUAGUAUUUGUGGAAAUUAGCUUAGGAAAGAAAAAGGCUGCAAAUCGAGGAAACCUUAUGACUUGA